GAAAAAUGUGCGAGAUGCUAGAAAUCAAAACCUGCCGAAUGAACUUCCUUUUCCGCUUUGAACCAAUUCGGCGACCAAGAUGGUUCGCAUGAAUGUGCUGGCAGAUGCCUUGAACUCGAUAGCAACCGCUGAGAGGCGUGGCAAGAGACAAGUUCUCAUUAGACCAUGCUCAAAAGUUAUUAUCCGAUUCCUUACAGUGAUGAUGAAACAUGGGUACAUUGGAGAAUUUGAGAUUGUAGAUGACCACAGAAAUGGCAAGAUUGUUGUCAAUCUCACAGGCAGGCUGAACAAGUGUGGUGUAAUCAGUCCACGUUUUGACAUUGCAAUGAGAGACAUGGAGAAAUGGACCACCAACCUUUUGCCUUCAAGACAGUUUGGAUUCCUUGUAUUGACGACUUCAGGAGGGAUCAUGGAUCAUGAAGAAGCAAGAAGAAAACAUCUCGGUGGAAAAAUUCUUGGCUUCUUUUUCUAAUGUAAAAAAAACUGUAAAUAAACCUGCCAGGGAA